AUGCAGCGCAGCCUUCGCUUUCGACUAGCGUUUAACAACUCGCUAGCCCGCGAGAGGCUGACAGCCAAGUUCCAACCACCAUAUGAAAGGAUGGCCAAGCAUGGAAGCAAAGCGCUGGACUUCGAAGUCGACUACCCAAACAACUAUUGUUAUUGGAAUCUUGGUCAUGGGAACAAGGAACAGGGCUAG